CAGGAUCGCUCGCGUUCUCCCGUGAGAGAAAGAGAAAGAUCUCGUUCGCCGGCAGGUGACAAGAGAGAUUCAUACUCGAGAAGGGACUACGGCUAUUCUCGUGGAGACAGAAAGGAACGUGACUAUCGUGGUCGUGACCAAGGAAGAAGAGGCGACAGAAGAGGUCGUGGAGGAAGAGACAGAGGCGACGGUGGUAGAGGCGACAGAGAUAGAGGAGACAGAGACAGGGAUUUCAACUCCAGAAGUAGGGAUUAUGAUUCAGGAGCUUCCACUCACUCAGGAGUCUCCAAUGAAGAAUUCUACAGAACAAAAACAGAAAGGAACUACGACAAUUCGAUUUUCAUUGGAAACAUUCCGUUUGACUGUUCUGCCAGAGACGUCGAGGACAUUUUCCAGAACAAGUUCGAUAUAAUAAAGGCAGAUAUUGUCACUAAUAGGGGUCAGUCUCGAGGAAUGGCGACUGUAGAAUUCUCCAACAAAAAUGCUGUUCGUGAAGCUAUUAGUUUAUUUGACCGUAGUGAAUUCAACGGAAGACAGAUAUUUGUCAGACAAGAUUAUCCUCCUCCAGACAAGAAGAAAGACUUUUCAAGAAGAGAAGAUUCGAGAAGAGACGAUUCCAGAAGAGAUGACUCUAGAAAUGAUUCUAGAAGAGAUGACUAUGAAAGAGAAGCUCCCAGACCGGGCACCGAAAUAUUUGUAGGAAACUUGCCUUUUUCUGUAAACUGGCAAGCUUUGAAGGACUUGAUGAGAGAUGCUGGUAGUGUUGUCAGAGCUGACGUCAGGGUGGACAGCUGGGGCAAGUCGCGAGGCUUUGGUACUGUGGUGUUUGAAACUCCUGAGGAUGCUCAAAAGGCUGUAGAGAUGUUUCUGGGUUAUGAAAUACAAGGUAGAAGGAUCGAUGCUCGUCCUGGCCGUGGUGAAGGUAACCAGCACAGGGAUGGUUAUGACAGAUCUACUCGUGACCAAGACUCGUAUUCUCGUGAUUCUGCUGUUUCCAGAAACAGCGAAUUUACUGAAGGUGUUACAGGAGAUGGUGAAAAGUCUGAUACCAUUUUUGUUGCCAACUUGCCAUUUGCCACUAGCAACGACGACUUGUACGAGCUCUUUGAAACUGUAGGUAGAACCACUAGAGCUGAGAUCCAGUACAACGAAAAGGGUAAGCCUAGUGGAAACGCUGUAGUUCAAUUCGAAUUGCUUGAGCUUUCGGAGAAUGCUAUUCAGAACUUGGACAACUACACUUAUGGAGGAAGAAACAUCAAGAUCACCUACGCC